AUGAAUAAAUUUGUGAGUGAGCAGGAGGUAACCGACAGAGGUGUUUAUAAUGAGGUUGUCUCCCUCCUGGCACAUAUGGAUGAUCAAGAUAAGGGCAAAAUUGCCCUCAGGAUUGCCUUUAUAGCCGAGACCAAGCUGGCUAUCGUUCUGACAGUUCUGCUCGAGAAACUGCAAAAGGAUGAGCAAAACAGAGUAGACAUUUACUGUGUCCUGGAGAAAGUCUUACAGCAGGACACCCAGGGCCUGGAGAGAAGGCUUCUGAAGAAAAUAACAACACUAGCCUCAAACCACAUGAGAGAGACUCAGGAAGCAAGAAAUGAACUAAAAGUGGCAGCUAGCAACACCUUAGUGACUCUGGCACGCUGCUAUUUCAGCGAUGUCAUGGUAGAGCUGAUGUAUCAUCUGGAGCUGCCUGAGGAGUUUAUUUUCAUUACAUUGGGCAACCUGUCAUCCGCCUAUGCACUUAAGUGUAUCCCUUUUGUGGGAAUGAUCCUGAACGUCAUGAUCUCCAUGUUGGAGUUAGUCGAGGACAGCAGGAUGAGACAAGCCUUUUGUGGUGGUGAUGCUCAGUAA